CUUUUCGUUAUUUUUAAAAAUUUGGCGCAUGUGCUAAGCGCCCCCACGGACGCGAUCUUGUGGCCAGUCGAUUUAACCAUACCGCGAAGCAAAGUCGAGCGUCAACAGCGAAGAAGGAGCAGACCGAUCGUUACGUGUGCUGUGUUUGUUUGUUGGACCAAAGUGGUGAAUUUAUUUACAUUCCACAAUCGUUUGAUUUGUUGCAACACAAAAUUGAUUAAGUAAAACCAAUGGAAGGCGAUUUCAGAAGCAUUAUGCACCUAAGCUAUCGCGAUUAUCGCUCCAUCCCGGAGGGUUUGCGCGGCCAGGGCAGUGAGGAGAUUUCCGAAAUUUAUCUGAAAGAAAAUCUUAUCCACACUCUACCGGAUUGGUUCUUCGUGGAGAUGUGCCAUUUGCGGUUUCUGUGCCUCGCGGGCAAUAUGAUCGAAUCGCUGCCGAACCAGAUCGGCCGCUUCGAGUGUCUGGAAACGCUCGAUCUGUCGGAGAAUUCCCUUCACCGGUUGCCCCACACGGUGGGACGGUUGAAGCAGUUAACCAAGCUGCUGCUGAACGGAAACUAUCUUCAUCAACUGCCUGCUGAACUAGGCCAACUACGCAAGCUGGAGGUGCUGGAAAUUCGCAAAAAUCGUCUCACAAACAUUCCCCUCCAGCUGUCACAGUGCGUCGCGCUGGAAGAUCUCCUGAUGGACGACAAUCCCGGGCUGGUGUCCGUGCCAACGCGGCUCUUCAAUCUGCCCCGGUUGACGUACGUGUCCGCGGAACGUUGCAACUUGUUUCAGCUCCCGUUCUACACCAACACAACCACACUCGCAUUUGCACUGCUGUUCAGCAACAACCGCAGCCUAACGCACUGUCCACUGGCACUGGAGCGCUUCGCGCCGCCCGAUUACGAUGCGCUCGAGGACAAGGUGAAGCGAAUCCGAAACCCUUCCUGCUAUCGGCAGCUCGUUUGUAAAGCGGUACCGUAUCUGUUGAACUUUCCGUCCGAGUUGGCGUAUGUGAGUGAUCGUAAAAAGGUGGGAAUUGCUCCAAACUCUUUGCUAGCGACAGCGUUGCGCGUGGUUUCCCGGUGUCGAGUACGGUUGGACGUUUUGGAGCGGCUUGGUUUGCCACAGUGCCUUACCAUCCGUUUGCUUCAAGGGCCGGUAGCCUACUGUGCCAGUGUACCAUGUGAGAAGGAAAUUUUCAUCGAAGCAGUCGUCGCGCUGGUUAAGAGGAAGGAAUAUGCACGAAAUUUUGUACUUAGUGUGUUGUUCUGCUCGAAGCUUUGCGCGGACCGUUGGUUCCAGUACAACUGUGACACGUACGAGGAGCUGUCGUGGGUAAUUCCCGUCUAAAGCGUCGUCAUACUGCC